GGAACCACUGUGGACACGGCGACAGCGUUAGAGCUUGUUUCUUCAUGAAAGAAAAAAUAGUGAGCCUGUACCCGCAGCCAUACUCGGUGAGAGUUGUACAAACUCUGAUGCCUGUUGAAAAUUUUCUCCGUUUUCAGGUGACCACUGUAUGAGUACAGUACUCACUGGCUGCCUUACAAACACCCACAAUGAGGCUUCGUAAGGGGUUGAUCCUCAAGGUUGGUGUUGUGGCGGUGUUUCUUAUAUUCGUCAUACCAUACCUGAUUAGUUUGUUUGGUAGUCCAGAAGACCAACCAAAAUCUCGGCGUAAAAGGAUCAACUUUCAGAAUGAAGGCAAUGUGCUGAGGUUUGACUCUCAUGGAGCCGAGAAUGUGAUGCAUCAGCCACUUCAUGCACCAUUUGCUGAUGACAACCAGCCUGUGGGAUUUGGAGAGAAAGUCUAUGGACCACAAACAGUCUUCAAAACUGGUGUCCUGGGAAAGUAUGAACUACGCGAAGUGAAGAAAGGCAGUGGACCAGGUGAAAAUGGUGAACCAGUUUACACAACGAUGGAGGAGAAAGCAGCAGCUGAUAAGUCCAUCCGAGACUAUGGCUUUAACAUGGUGGCCAGUGAUAAGGUGUCCUUGGACCGUGUGGUUCCUGAUACACGAAUGGAAGAGUGUAAAUACUGGCACUACCCAGAGAAACUUCCGAAGGCGAGUGUAAUCCUUGUGUUUCACAAUGAAGGCUGGUCUACCUUAAUCCGCACAGUUCACAGCGUUAUUAACAUGUCACCUCCAGAGCUUUUACAUGAAAUAGUCAUGGUGGAUGAUUACAGUGAUAAAGAGCACUUAAAACUCAAACUGAAAAAUUAUUUAAAAAGAUUCAAAGGGAAAGUGAAACUUUUCCGCAAUGAGAAACGCGAGGGUUUGAUUAGAACAAGAACUCUUGGAGCUCAAUAUUCUACAGGGGAAGUAAUCAUCUUCCUUGAUGCCCACUGUGAGUGCAAUUACAACUGGUUACCUCCCUUGUUGGCAAGAAUUGCCUAUGACAGGACAAUUAUGGCUGUUCCUAUUGUGGAAGGUAUCCACUGGGAUAACUUCCGCUACGCGCCUGUCUACACCACAGACCAUCACCGGGGCAUCUUUGAGUGGGGAUUCCUGUACAAGGAGUCCAGAGUGCCAUCACAAGAGCUACAGAAGAGAGGACACCACAGUGCUCCAUACUGGUCGCCCACCCAUGCUGGAGGCCUGUUUGCCAUGGACAGGAAGUAUUUCUUUCAGCUAGGUGGUUAUGACCCAGGUUUACAGAUCUGGGGAGGAGAAAACUUUGAACUCUCUUUUAAGAUUUGGCAGUGUGGCGGAAGUAUAGAAUGGGUACCAUGUUCCAGGGUAGGACAUGUCUACAGAAAUCACAUGCCUUACGGGUUUGGCAAUAUUAAUUCAAAAGUACCAGUGGUUUUAUUGAAUUAUUUGCGAGUCGUUGAAGUAUGGCUGGAUGAUGAGUUCAAAGAGUACUACUACAGAAGGGAGCCAACGAUACGAGGCUACCCACCAGGCAACAUCACUGCUCAGCUCAAGUUCAAGAAAGACCACAAGUGUCACAGCUUUAAGUGGUUUAUGGACAACAUAGCGUAUGAGGUGUAUGACAGGUUCCCACCACCACCAGCCAAUCUGGCCUGGGGAGAGAUCAAGCUGAAGGGUGGCAGCAAAUGUUGGGACACUCUGGGUCAAGGUGUUGGGGGAGGUUCUAUAGGUACAAGCGUGUGUCAUCAUUAUGGUGGUAACCAGCUGUUCCGUCUCAAUGUGAAGGGUCAGUUUGCUGUGGGGGAAAGGUGUUUACUGCAGCGGGGUGGAGACACCAUCUCUGUACAUGUCUGUGAUGCGGAGCCCACAGGACCAUGGGAUUUCAACAAGAAAACUGGGCAAAUCCAAGAGACAAAACUCAACAGGUGUGCUGAAGUGGAUGACACGAACCAUUUGCGUUUAAAGAUCUGCAACGAGGAUGAGCCUAACCAGCAGUGGGAGAUAAACCCCAUUGUACCAUGGCGGUAGCCCAAACAUUCAAGGAAUAGUUUUUUGUUUUUUUCCAAAUGAGUGCUGGACAUUACAUCAGGAAUUCAUUUCAGUAGUGUGAAGAAGACAACUGAAUCUAAUUAUUCCUAGUGUACAUUAGUUGACUGAUUAUACAGCAAGUUUAAAUGAUGUUUACCAAAAUUGUCAACAUCUGAUAAUAUUAAAGAGGCUGCAGUGUCUUGAUUCUAAAUUUCAGUGUGAAUACUAUUGUCACUGUAGUGGCAGUUUAAAGGGAUUUCACACAACUCUUAACACAUACUUACAAUAGGGGAGAUUUGAGAUCAGACUCUUUUGCUGCCAAAGGGCUUGUCAAAAAUGUUAUGCAACUUUUUUUGACCUUAAGUUAGUGAUCACCUGACUUGGCAUGUUCCAGAGGCAGAAAUGACAUUCUUCAGUAAGUUAUGAAGUUCACAAAGACUCAGCACCUCAGUUUUCUCCAACAUUCUUUUAACCAAGCAACUCUGUGAAACUUUAUUUAGACUCCCAUGUUAUUGUACAUGCAAUUUAAUAUAGUAGCCUAACAUUUCUGACUGAUCACAUGUUACUAUAGAUUUUUUUUUUUUUGGGGAUAAAAGCAUUAGGGUGCAAGAGAACUUUGUUAGCUACCUACCUAGCUGUGGUAAGGGGAAAAAGCCAACAUUAAUAAAUUACACUAUGAAAAGUGUGACAAAUUGUACUGGCCAUUUGUGUUACUGUGAUCCCUGUGAGAAUGGCAUGUUUUAUCACACAUGUAACUGCUGACAGAACUGUCUUGUAAACUUCUGUUGCGGUGAAUUUCUGGCUAUGUGAUGUGACGACCUGAGAUCAGGUGAAAGUUGAUGGCAAAAUGCUGACUUCAAAGUCUUGUGCCAAUGUGUGAUAAAUGUAUAUAGGUAAAUUUUAGAUUUAUGCUAACCUAAUAAAUGAAAUCUUGCUUGUUUUUCUUACAUUAUGCAAAACUAGAUUACUGUUUCAUUGCCCAUACCCAUGUCUUUUGCUAGUAUAUAUUUUAGGGUUAUUUUUUUUAGAUUUGUGUUAAAAAGAUGUACAUUUUACAUUUUCUUGAGGCUGAAAUAUUUGAUGUGCUGCAGUGGUUUUAAAGUAAAGUAUGCAAGUCACUCCGAGAAAAGAGUCAUAAUCCUGAUGAUGGCCAAGUGAAGGAUGAAAUAUCAAUGUUUGCCAGCGAUGCCUUUUACAUCCUUUCUCAGAGUAACUUGGGGAUCUAAUGGAAUGUAGUGGUUUAUGUGUGCCAGUUUUAUGCAAGUUCUGUAGUUUAUUGGGAAUUUAGUUAUGCUGGCACAAAUGUUGCGGACGCUGAACAUGAAGUGACAGUAUUCUUGUUUGAUACUAUAUAUAUGUCAAAGAUGUUUCUUUACUGCUGGUAUGAAAUAUGUGUAGAAGCUGAAUUUCAACUUCAAGUAAAGCUUUCAAUGUAACCAUAAACAAAACAAAACUAAACUUAAAACUGUGAAUAAUUUUAAUAUAUUUCAGUUUAAACAAACAUAAGUGUAAAGAGAAGUCUCAGAAGGGACUGUGUAUUCACAUAUUUUUUCAUGUCUUAUGUCCGUCAGAUUUGUUAAAAUUUUCAUCUCACUUCAGUGUAAGUUAUUAAAUACCAAGAUUUCACCAGGAGCUGAUAUUCAAAUGACAACAUUUGAAAUAUGAUUUAACUUGCAUCUAUUUUGUGAAUGAAUUAAUAUAAAUCCAGAUCGAUGUGAAAUUCCAGACCAAAGCAUUCAAAUACUUCUAACAUUUUUUUUGAUUGUGUAACUUGUGCAUGUUGAUUACAUGCAUCAUUACUGCAGCCGGCCAUCAUUUAAUGUUUGUUAUUAUUCACGGGAGAGGUUUUAAUGUACAGUUAUAUAUGUAUAUCAUCAUUAUGGAAGCACUUGUUAAGGUUCAGCUCUCUGUCUUAAAAACUGAUUUCAUCGCUCUCAUCACCUUGGCUUAAAUGAUAACGACUAUAGUACACAGUUCAUUUAACUUGCCAUGGUGGUGGUUGAAUUGGUCAUGAAGAUGAAGUCACUUUUUUGUAACAGUUCACUGAACAUUUCACUUCAAUAUGUUACUGGUAGAUUGGUGUAGCUCCAAUAUUUGUUCGAGAUAAUUCCAUUUUAUUUAGCAUGGUUCAGGUAUGCAUCUUUAUCUAGUCAAUAUUGUAGCAAAGGAUAAUCCCAAUCCGUCAACAAGUAUAUAUGGGAUGGACUUGUCCUAAAAGUAUAUAUGGGUGUUUAUGAAGUAAGAAAUCUGGUAGGAAUUGAAAGUCUUUAAUGUCUCUAUUUUCAUUGAAUUUUCAACUUUUAGUAUUUAAAUCCCAAUUCGUGCUUUCUUGUAUAAGGGUUGUGCUUGGAUUGAACUUGUUGUAAAUACACUGCACAUCAAAGUGAUGAUGGCAUGUGUCUCUUGCUCACUGAAUACACUGAAAAAUUAUUAUAUUUCCUGUAUACUUGUAUUUGUAACUGUACCAAAGGUUGAAUUUCAUCACUAAAAUCUCAUAGGUAUAAUAUGCUUUUAUAGGAAUAAUCUUUUUACUAAUUACAUUAAAAUAUGUACAAAUACCCUAAAUGGCCUCAAAUUUGCCAACAUUUUUAAUAAAUGUCACAAAAAAUUAUUUUUGGUGCUGAAACUUACAAUUUUCCAGUAGAAUAUUAUCCCAUGUUCCAAGCAAACCUCAAAACACCUUUCUAAAAUCAAUCGAACUCUCAGAAUCGGGGGAAAAUGAGCAACUUAGUCAUGGACGAAAUUUAUGGUCAUUUAGGGUAAUACUUUUUAUGAAGAUUGUGAGAAAAUGAGAUGAAAUCAAUUUUCUCCAUAUUCCUACACACACUGGUCAACUAUACACUAACAUGUCAUGUAACAGUGAAGGACUUCUGUUGCAAUUUUGCAGGCUUGCAUAGCAAACAAGGUUUGUCCUUAAAACAAACUUUCCUGAAUGUGGUCGUUAAACAUUAAUGGAAUAAAAUGAAACUGUCCACGAUCGUAUAAGUGAAAAUUUCUUAUGUGUGAUGUUGAAGAUUAAUCUGUCCAUUAAUCAUUCAGUACUUAAGCUGGGUGCUAAUCCUUUGUCACUUGAAGUUGUACGUAGAUAGCCAGUUUUCCCUAAACUGUUGUGGUUUAAGUUCAAACAGCAUCAAAUAGAACUUCUGUGUGGUCAAUGGAAAGAGUGUUAGGCCUUAUUCUAACAACUAUUUACAAUCCUUCAACGACUUUUUGAGGAAUGGCUGACAAAUUUCAGAACUCAUUCAGUCCAGCUAGUGUGUGAAUAUUCCAUAUGUUAUUUGCCCCUGAAGGUUGUAUGUAUGUAUGUAUAUACAUUACAGCCGGAUCUUAACCAUCAAUCCUAUGCCCAUUGUGACCAGAGGAUACGCUGACGAUGCACCGUCAUAAUCGUACCGUGACACCAUUGAACCCUCGGCCGACCGUCAGCAGACCGUCGGCCAAUGCUCAUUAAAUGUUUUAAUGCUAAAUGCGGACCGAUUUCCUGUGAACCAUCAUGUCUAUUAUGAACACCUUGAUGGUUUGGAGCAUAUGUACUUGCUCACAAAUUUCUCCGAAAAUUUGAGUUUUAUUAGCUAACUGUUUGGGACCUUAACUGUUUUGGUCUGCCACCCAUACACAAGGUUCACUUCAUUAUAGGGGAUUCAAGUUUAUAACAGGCCCCUCAGGUAUACCAUAUUUUGUUUUAUUAUAAAUUACUUUACUAAUUAUUAAAUAACCAGCCCUCUUAGAGGCAUUUAUGGCAGAGUUAUGUGACGACAAAUAUAUGUAUAUGCAACACAUUGCUUUCUCUAAAGUCCAGCCAGGUUCAGUGUAUAGUGGGUGCAUGAUAUUCAAACCUCCUGACGUAGGGGCAUAGGAUUGAUGGUAAGGACGGGCUGUACUGUAUGUAUGUAUGUAUGUAUGUAUUGAGGUUUAACGUCGUACACGUGAAGUUUGUCAGGCAUGACUAGUUACGGUACUUAAAUGUAUUCAGUUGAGAAUUGAUGCCUGACAACAUCCUUCUUAGACUUCUUAUUUGAAGGAACACUGACAAGAAAAGCACUCAUAAAUGGUCUAUAAAUGUCAUCUAUCUGUUGUAAUGUACUAGCUAAUAAUUCACAGUACAUGUAGUAAUGACCCAGGCGGGUGGUGAAUACUAAAUUUAGUCUACAGUAGUUGAUUACUAGUUGCUUGUAUUUAGUUCCAUUAUUUUGAUAUUAAAGUUCAACACCUAAUCGUGAUAUAUCAAGCCAAAUUUAAUUAUUGCUUCAUAAAGUUUGUCAUUUUAAAGUUUGAAAAUUACCCUUCUGAAGUCAUCAGAGUGGGAAAAUUGAUUUAAGGUACAUUUUGGAUCAUAAAUCUACUGAUUGUGUGGAGCUUGUGGUAUUCAGCCAAAUUCUCUCAACAUGAACAUUACAGAAAUGUUACAUAUUCUACAUGUAACACAUACUAGUAGCUUUUUAUUUUCAUUUUGGCUUUCAUUUAAAUGUUAAUGUUACAUUCCAGUCACGGCUGUCAGAUGAUGAAACAUUUUAUAUUCAGUGUUUUCGGUGUCUUAUUAAUUGGCAAUUUACCACUAGUGGUCAAGGUCAAUUUACCACUAAUGGUCAAGGUCAAAUUUAACAUGCUAAUUAUAUAUGACUCAUUUCAAUGUUUCAUUCUCUUAAAUUUAUAGAGGAAACUUUUGAAUUUAAAUGUUAAGUAUUUUCUCUCUCUUUUUUUUUUAAAUACAUUUUAUAAAGUUACAGGGAUUCCAUGACAAACACGAGGAUGAUUAAGAAGUGAUUUAUAGCACUGCUAUUUUAACACCACCAGAUCCCAUUAUGUAAAAUGUUGUGCAGCUAAUCGACUUGUGCAAUGAUGAUCAUCAAAGACUUUCUCGAACAACAUGUAAGAAAGAACAUCAUGAGCCUAUAAAAUUUCAGCCUGAAGACAUGAUUUACCUCAGUGUCUGAAAGAAGUGCUAGCUCAAACAUGCUUAAAGAUCAUCAUUCAGAAAAGAAAAAAAUAACAUGUAUUUAAUAUUUUCAUAAUACAUUUAUUCAUUGAUGUUCAUUACAUUUAUCUGAGUAUGUAAGCUUGGCAGGUAGGCGUUUACUUCACAGGACUAAACAUGGGCGCAAAUAUGGUGAGAUGUAUUUUUCAGAAGUAUGUAGCACACAGGUAUGGAAUGUCUUCAACUUUUCUUGCAUUGGGUCCAGCAAGGGAUGAUCUUAACUUUGUAUUGUCUGAAUGCCUUUUAAUACAUGACGUAGGACGGCAAAUUAGCAGGCCUCAUCUGGUUUUAUAGUCAUUGUGGAAUGGAGAUCCUCCAGUUCUCCCCGGUUAGGAAUCACACUCUAGUUGGUUUCGCUUCAGCUUUAAGUCAGAAGGUUUAUAUUAGAAAGUUCAGGGACUCUAAUUUCUUCUAGCAAAAGACAUUCUUGAGUACAAAGCUAUCUUAGACCUAAGUCAAAGUUUCACCCUGAGUUUCUGAGUCUUACUCUGAAUUUACAUCGUCAGACAAUCUUUUGACUUUGUUACAUCAGGCAUGUCAGAAACAACACUUUUAAAGUGAUUUGAAAUGAAACACCGUGCAGUGAAAUAAACAAAUACACGAUAUUAAAUGGCAUAACAAAAUAUAUUUUUUAUGCUAUGUUUGACCAUGCACAAAUUCUAUGGAUCCUAUUAUAUUGAACAAGAUGAUGUGAUGCAUCAGUCUGUUCUGUGUACUCUGUUUUAAAAAAAAAGAAAGCUCAAUAUGAUGUAGAUUUUAGGAGUGUAACUUGAUGAAUACCGACAUGAGUAGCAUGCUUAUUCCUGGAAUACAUUAAAUAAGUUUGUUUAUAAACAUGGUAUGGAUUGUUACAUAGCUGUACUAGCUGGGAUCUUGUAGUAUAAUGUGUGCAGGUCCUGGUUGGAUACGUCUACCAUUUGUGUUGAUUUACAUUAUAGAUUAAUUGUUACUAUGGUGGCUGAUCAUUAUCAUUAUUAAAACAUCGUCAGGGUGAUGAGGUAUUUUUAUGUAUUAAAAUGUCAAACUCAUUUCUGUGUGGGCGUUAGUACAAUAUGUUGAUUGCGGUUCAA